AUGCAAGAGGUCGUCCAGUGCCUCGCGAAGGAGGGCGGCCUGAGACGGAUUCAAGAGCUCAUUGAGCGGGACUUUUCUGUCUUGCCGCCAUCUGCGAAACGACGUGUUUUCGCUGAGCAGAUGCUUCCUUUUAUGGAGCUCAUCACACAUCCCAGUCUGUUGGCGUCGUUGGUCUUGGAACAGGCUGUUGUGACUAUAUACAACUGCAUUUUCGGAAUCAAUGCACGUCGGGCAGCGCCGUUUCUACAGUUUGUGGCAGGCGCGAUACAGCUAGAAACAGAGAACGAUGGCCCGGCAGCAUGUACAUAUCUUGAGGUAUGCUUGUCAGCCUUUUGGCACAUCGUUGACUUGAACUCGACGGCCUUUAUCCAAGAGUCGCUACAGCAAGUUGCCCAGCGGUUCGCGGACCUCCUUAACGCCCUGCAUGGCUUGGACGGCGCCAGUGGCCUUCACCAGUCUGUCCAUUACCUCGAGCGGCUCCAGCGCCGACUAAACAUUGGACUCUCCUUGCCGACUCUGCUGGGGUCUUCGAGGAAGGUUCCUGUAAAUGCCACACCUGUUGCCUUUGUGGCACAGAAAGACCCGCCUGGCAAUCGCCACGACAACGACCACGCCGAUAUUGGGAAGGUUAAGAUCAUGCCAACCUUCCAGGAGAUCAUGUCAUCACGCACAGAGUAUCUCCCGGUAAAGGACCCUCGCCAGUGGCAUCUUCCCGGACUGGCUGGACUACUGGACAAGAACUUCCGGCUCCUACGAGAAGACACUGUUGGCCAGCUCAGGGACGCCAUUCACGCGGAGCUCCGGCCACGGGCUAUGAGAGAUGGACGCAGGGGGCAGACCAGAAUGCACAUUUAUAAAAACGUCCUCGUCAAGCAGGUGGACCUUCACAAGCUUUCCGGAUUGCAGUUCCUCGUGCAGUUCUCGCAGCCACCACAAGUGCGUGGCAUGACGAAACAGAGACAGGAGGACUGGUGGCAGAUGUCCAAGCGCCUGCAAGCAAGUGCUUUUGUAUGUCUUUUGGAUCGCAGAGGGACCGCAGUAUUCUGCACGGUAGCGACGCCUGAUCGUCCGAAUACAAAGUCCGAUGCAGCAGAGAGGAAGGACGCAAUGAUGGCCGGCUCGCUUACGGACGACGUGAAUGUGGCUUCGGUCGUGUUAGAGCUGGUCGAGCCCUGUGAGAGUACAUGGCAAUACAUUCUAGACUGCCAUGGGGCUACAGGGAACCGGUCUGCAAUGUCGCUGGUGGAAUUCCCCGGCAUUCUUCUUCCCUCGUUUCAGCCCACGCUGCUUGCUUUGCAGAAGAUGCAAAAGGCUGCUGAUAUUCCAAUGUCGGAUUUCAUCGCGCCCAGCGAUACGAGCAGCCUGUCGCAGUUCAUAGACGUGCCGCCGCCUCUAUACUCGGUGGUGCCGGGAUUCAGCUUCGAUCUAAAGUGUCUCAUGAAUGACGGGUCGAGUUUAACUGUUGAGCAUUCCCAGCCUGUAGAUAUAGCGACCCUUCAGACGAAGUCCACGCUCGAUGAUGCCCAAGCAACAGCCCUGGUACAGUCACUCCAGCGGCGAGUCGCUCUCAUCCAAGGCCCGCCGGGGACUGGCAAGAGCUUUACUGGAGUGGCAUUGAUCAAGGUUCUUUUAGCGAACAAAAGAAAAGUCAAGAAGGGGCUCGGCCCUAUUCUCUGCGUGUGCUAUACAAAUCACGCCCUUGACCAGCUUCUGGAAGACCUGCUGGACAACAACAUCACCUCCCAAAUCAUCCGCAUUGGGUCCCAGUCCAAAUCGGAGCGUUUACAGCCGCUGAACCUUCGAACUGUUGCUAGAGAGGCUGAUAAGACCCGGAUGGAACGGCACGAUCAAUGGUCCUUCCGCACGACACUCGAUGAAUACGGAGAGUCUUUCCAGAAGCUCAAGCUCAAUUCCACAGGGUCGGACCAUGCCCUGAAAGACUAUAUUAGAAAAGCUGAUCCGUUGCACUACCAGCAGCUUUUUGAGGCGGACGCAGAGGGCUUUCAGAGGCAGUCUAGACAAGGAUCUCAUGGCAUCGUGCACUCAUGGAUCAACGGGGGACAGCGAAGCGGCAACACGCGUCCGCUGGCUGAGCUGGCCAACGUACAUGUGGAUAUGAUGACCGUGUCAGAACGUCGACUUCUGCAUGCGCACUGGUCUAGAGAGGCCCGAAUGGAAUCUCUUUCCGAGGCGCAGUCGCUGCUGUCCUCGCAUUCUGGAAUAAAAUAUUCUUGGGAUAGAGUACGGGAUGAAGUCGACCUCCGGUGCCUUCGGACUGCAGAUGUUAUUGGCGUCACCACAACAGGUUUGGCCCGGAAUCUGAACAUGUUGCGUCGUCUGCCGUCAAAGGUGCUCUUAUGCGAGGAAGCUGGUGAGGUUCUCGAGGCGCAUCUUCUCACUUCGUUGCUGCCUUCUCUAGAACAUGUUAUCCUCAUUGGUGAUCACCAGCAACUUCGCCCUCAGAUUCAGAACUACGAGCUUUCUAGGGAAAGCAGCUCCGGAAAGGCAUACUCCCUGGACCGGUCUCUGUUUGAACGGCUUGUUGAGCCCGAUGAUGGAGUCGGAGUGCAGAUUCCCUUCUGCACUCUAGAGACCCAACGCCGUAUGCAUCCAUCCAUGUCUCGUCUAGUUCGUGACACUCUGUACCCUAAGCUUCAGGAUGCCCCGGUAGUGUCUGAGUAUCCUGACGUUAUGGGGAUGCGCCAGCGGCUGUUCUGGCUUGAUCACCGACAUGCAGAGGGCGAUUCGUCUGGCCAGGAUGCCAUUGCAACGUCUCACUGGAACGACCACGAAAUAUACCUGACGAUUGCCUUGGUUAAUCAUCUUCUCCGGCAAGGUACCUAUGCAUCUGGGGAUAUUGCUGUGAUUACUCCCUAUCUCGGCCAGCUCCACCGUAUGCGGCGCAAACUUGCCGGCUCCUAUACAAUCACUUUGGGGGAAAGGGACCAGGAAGACCUUGAUAAUGCAGGGUUCACCGCUGAUACAACAGACUCGGAUAAUAAAGACAUUAUCCGGAGCUCUCUGCUUCAAACCCUCAGAGUUGCGACUAUUGAUAACUUCCAGGGCGAGGAGGCCAAGGUUGUUGUGAUUUCCCUAGUAAGAAGCAACAAGCAAAAUCGAUGCGGUUUCCUCCGUACUCCCAAUCGGAUCAACGUCCUUCUAUCGCGGGCCAAACACGGGAUGUAUAUUAUUGGCAACUCAGAAACAUCCAGAGGGGUCGACAUGUGGAAUAAGGUGAUCAAUAUCUUAGAGUCCGAGGGCAAUAUUGGCCCCGGUUUGGACCUUUGCUGUCCUCGCCAUCCGGAGACGCCGAUCACAGUAUCAGAGCCUGAUGACUUUCUACAACACGCCCCAGAGGGAGGCUGUAGCCUGCAGUGUGGCAAGCGGCUUCGGCCGUAUACUGCACAGAGCCUUGUCAGCGUCCACAGAAGGGAUGUACCCAUCCCUGCCCAAGGCCCUGUGGAGACCCAUGCCCGAAGAAAUGCCAGAUUCCAGUGUUUGAUGCUGCACGUAUUCUACCCUGUGGUCACCUCAUGGCUACUCUCCCAUGCUGGCAAUCGCAGGACCUAA